AUGAAUAUAUCUAAGCUUUUUAUGGUAAUUGGAGUCUACCUGAUUUUCUUGGCUUUUGUGUGCACAGAAGCUACCCCUUGUACAAAUGGAUGGGUAUUAUAUGGAGAGAAAUGUUAUUUCUAUAGUACCUUCGAGGAAACAUGGAAUGCAGCUUCUGCUUAUUGUCAAGCAUUCAAUAGCAAACUUGCUGAACCUACAACGCAGGAGGAAGUUGUUUUCCUGUCCCAACAGGCAGUUCAAACAGUAAACGACAGUACUUAUUUCAUUGGUGUCACCGACGCUUUUUUGGAAGGAGAAUGGGUUUACGCUUCUUCACGGAUCCCUCUUAAAGUUACCAUUCCUUGGACAAAUACUGGAUCUGAUCACAACCAGGAAAAAGACUUUGUAGCAAUAGAUACUUUACCACCUGUCAAUGGACAGUACAUCAAGAAAACCUCAAAAGACACCUCCAAAUUUAUCUGUGAAUACAGUUUAGAGUACGUAUCAUAA